AUGGCUGAAAUAAUAGAAUUCACAACUGCUGAUGGCAGUACACCACUUAUUCAAGACUCUGAUGAAAUUAAAGAAAUGUACUGUGAGGAAUGUGAAAGACACACUGGAGAAUACGCUACAGCUGUGGCUUUUUGUGUGGAUUGUGUGGAAUAUAAAUGUAAGACAUGCAGAAAAUAUCAUAGAAGGCAUUUUAAAACUCACAAAACUCAAGACAGUGACAGUAUGCCGCAAGAUUUCUAUUUUGAGAAGUGUCUCACUCAUCCUCAACAGCUGGUUAAGUAUUAUUGCUCUGAGUGUAGCAAAGAAGCCUGUCAAGCAUGCAAGAAUAAUGAGCAUGAUAAAUGUGGUGAUGUGAACCAUUUACCAACCGUUGCUUCGGGCAUACAAAAUAGUGAUGACUUAAAAGAUCUUCAACAGAACUUGGAUAAAUUAUCUGCUGAUAUAAAAGGCACAGAAUGGCUUUUGAAUGCCAAAAGUGAAGUAAUUGAUAAACAAGAGGAAAAGGCAGCCGAAACAUGUAAGGAACACGCAGAUAAACUAAUAAAAGCAUACAAACAACAACAUCAAGAUCUACUUGAAGAUUUUGAUAAGAAGAUUGAGGAGACCAUUGCGAAGUUGAAGAAAGAAAGGCUUAAACUAGUUCAACAGUUAUCUGAAAAGGAGAGAAAAUUUAAAAACAAGAUAGCGAAAGCUGAAACAGAUAUGAAAAAAGAGGUUGUUAGCACAAACACAGAAUUUAAGGUACUCAGAUCAGAACAUUUGAAUCUGGUUGGAAAUUUUAGGGUCCUUACUGCUGAGCUAGAACAGGACCAAAAAUCAGGUCAAAACUGUAAAAUACUUAUGAAAUUGAAUUUUACAAAAGAACUGUGUGAAGACCCUCGCCGAAAUAUUAAACAAAUUCAACAAGCCUACAUACAGACCUACAAACUCAAAACCUCCGAGAUUAAACCGACAGAACAAUCUCAAGAAAGUGCUACAAGAUUUUACACUUUUAAAGAAAUAUCAGCUUUAGAAAGAAGAGUUGUCUUUAUCUAA